AUGGCCCUGAGCAUCCUGAAUCGAAAACAGAAGGAGAAAGUGAUUCACAGGUUACUGAUCCAGGCUCCCCCUGGGGAGUUUGUCAACGCGUUCGAUGACCUCUGCUUGUUAAUCCGUGAUGAAAAAUUGAUGCACCAUCAAGGUGAGUGUGCAGGCCACUUGCACUGCCAGAAAUAUUCCGUGCCCCUCUGCAUCGAUGGCAGCCCUGUACUCUUAUCUCACCACAAUGUCAUGGGCGAUCGCUUCUUCGACUACCAAAGCAAGCUGUCCUUCAAGUACGACCUGCUGCAGAACCAGCUGAGGGAUAUUCAGAGCCAUGGAAUCCUCCGGAAUGAGGCUGAGUACCUGAGGAACGUGGUUCUCUGCGCCCUAAAACUGUAUGUCAAUGAUCACUACCCAGCAGGCAACUGUAAUGUGCUCAGGAAGACCAUCCACCAGAAGGAGUUCUUGAUCGCCUGUAUUGAGGACCACAACUACAACUCAGGAGCUUUCUGGAAUGGCUUGUGGAAAUCCAAGUGGAUCUUCCAGGUCAACCCGUUCUUCACGCAGAUCACGGGGCGAAUCUUCGUGCAAGCUCACUUCUUCAAGAGCGUCAACCUGCACCUGCAGAUCUCCAAGGACCUCAAGGAGAGCCUGGAAGUCGUCAACCAAGCGCAGCUGGCCCUCAGUUUCGCACGGCUGGUGGAAGAGCAAGAGAAUCUAUUUCAAAUGGCGGUGCUGGAAGAACUUCAAGAGUUAUCCUCCCAUGCUCUGAGAGGGAUUCUCCGGCGAGAUCUGCCUGUCACCCGUACACUUAUCGACUGGCAGAGGAUCCUAGCAGACCUCAACCUGGUCAUGUACCCCAAAUUAGGGUAUGUCAUUUAUUCCCGAAGUGUGUUGUGCAACUGGAUCAUAUAA